UGAACAUUAAACGGAGUAGACCAAAAUCCCAAACAAGGAAAUGGUGGGGGAAUAAAACGACAAGAUUAUUUAAUUAAUGCAUGUAAUAAUUAAUAUUUUAUAUUAUUGUAAUUUAAGAAAUAUUUAUGGGUUAAAAUGGAUUACGACUUCAAAACAAAGCUCGCGGCCGAACGAGAGAAGGUAGAAGAUCUGUUCGAAUAUGAAGGUUGCAAAGUGGGUCGAGGCACAUACGGGCACGUUUAUAAAGCUAAGCGCAAAGACGGGAAAGAUGAGAAGGAGUAUGCACUGAAGCAAAUUGAAGGAACUGGAAUAUCCAUGUCUGCUUGCAGGGAAAUUGCUCUGCUACGAGAGCUGAAACACCCCAACGUGAUUGCCCUGCAGAAAGUGUUCCUGUCCCACAGUGACAGAAAGGUCUGGCUCCUUUUCGACUAUGCCGAGCAUGAUCUCUGGCACAUCAUCAAGUUCCACCGAGCCUCCAAGGCCAAUAAGAAGCCCAUGCAGCUGCCGAGAGGAAUGGUCAAGUCUCUCCUAUAUCAGAUUCUGGACGGGAUCCAUUACCUUCAUGCCAACUGGGUGCUUCACAGGGAUCUGAAACCAGCCAACAUUCUGGUAAUGGGGGAGGGCCCAGAACGAGGACGGGUGAAAAUUGCUGACAUGGGCUUCGCCAGACUCUUCAACUCUCCUCUCAAACCACUGGCGGAUCUUGACCCCGUCGUGGUGACGUUCUGGUAUAGGGCCCCUGAGCUGCUGCUAGGGGCCCGACAUUACACCAAAGCAAUCGACAUUUGGGCGAUUGGCUGCAUCUUUGCGGAGCUGCUGACGUCCGAGCCCAUCUUCCACUGUCGCCAGGAGGACAUUAAGACCAGUAACCCCUUCCACCAUGACCAGCUGGACAGGAUAUUCAGUGUCAUGGGCUUCCCAGCAGAUAAAGAUUGGGAGGACAUCAGGAAGAUGCCCGAGUACCCCACCCUUCAGAAAGACUUCAGGAGAACGACGUAUGCAAAUAGCAGCCUCAUCAAAUACAUGGAGAAGCAUAAAGUCAAACCUGACAGCAAGGUUUUCCUGUUGCUCCAGAAACUCCUCACAAUGGACCCCACCAAAAGGAUUACUUCUGAACAGGCACUGCAGGACCCCUAUUUCCUAGAGGAGCCCUUACCAACCUCAGAUGUAUUUGCUGGAUGUCAGAUACCUUACCCGAAACGAGAGUUUCUGAACGAAGAUGAGCCGGAAGAGAAAACAGAGAAGAACCAGGCCCAACAGCACCAGCAGACGACAGCCCAGGCCCAGGCCCAGCAGCAGAGCGGCACCCAGCAAGCCUCCACCCAACAGAACUCUGCCCAGACCAACGGUAACACAGGUGCUACGGGAGCCAACAAAGUUGGAGGCCUCCAGCACAGCCAGGACCAGGGGCCCCCAAACAAGAAACCUCGGAUCGGGCCCUCUGGGGCCUCCUCCGGCACUGGGGUCCACCAGUCCGAGUACCAGCACUCCAACUCCCGCCUUGGAUACCAAAGCAACGUCCAAGGUUCCACUCAGUCCCAGGGAUACUCGUUGUCAUCCCAGCAAAGCUCACAGUACUCCCACCAAUCACACCGCUACUGAGGCUCCGAGAACUGCUCUCCAAAUCAACAGCAGGGGCCUCUCCCAAACUUAACCCUCGACCUCAAACAAACCUUAGCAUAACCUCUUAUCUCCCUCAUCCUGAUCAGACCUCAUCAUGUGUCAGAUCAUUUCAACAAUGCAACAGUCAUUUCUCUCCUCCUUCAUGCCAGCCUUACUACACAGAGUGACCCUGGCCUCACUUCCACCCAAUGCCCUCACACUUACCGGAGGGCACUGCAAUAUGAAGGCAAAUCAACAUAGGAACCAAAAACAAACCCUGCCACCUAAGGGCAUCGGACAAUAUUUUCUAUUAUUAUUAAGUGACAAAAUCUGUUGAUACUAGAUUAUAAAGAAGGAAAACACAUCAGGUGCAACUUUGACUACAAAUGCCUACUACACAAAGACUACGAAUCACAGCACUUACAAAAAAACAUGUUCUUCAAGAGGAAGAAUUGCAGCUCUGUUCAUAUAUAUAUAAAUACUAUAUAGCACCUUUUUCUAUUCAUUUAACAAGACACUUUUUUUUUUUGCUUGUUUGCGAAGUGGAGUUUAAGUUUACUUUGAUCGUUGACGUUUUUGUAAAUGUUGUUGGAUAUUGACAAAGGAAAAUAGCCCUUUACUAUCAUCACUUUCCUUCGCGGUACAUUUAUUUACCCUGGAUAUCUAUGAUAUACAGAUAACAAUCAAAGCAAAAGAAAGAAAAUGAGCCAACACUUUCCUGUUGAGAAAACAAGACAGAAUCUCCUAUUCUCCGGUUGGCUUGGAAUCACAUUUGUAUAAGAGAACGUCUUAAAACUAUGAAAUACACCAUUUAUUUCAAUCUUGUUAUAUUAAUAUUUAGGGUUUUCUACUUUUAGGCAUUUUGUUUGUCUAGAUUUGUAGUCUAAAAGUCUGCAUUGGAAAGAAAUGUUUCUGCAGCAAGUUAUGUAAUCUUUAAUUGUCUCCAACAACUCUAGGUACCGCCUGUCGUCAAACCGGUUAAAACUACUAAGCUACUCUUUACCAUGGGUCGUGUCCACCAAGGAAACAUUUGUUGGUGAAUCUGAACGAUCUCAUUUCAAGCCGGAAGUGUUUAAGUGUGUGAGGUGCCUCUUUGUGGACACCUUUGUUUGACGGAUCUUACCACGGACACGGACGUCACCAAAGGUCACCGAAGGUCACUGAAGGUGUGCGUCGUCAUCAUACUGGGAAGCCAAAAGUGUGUAUGUUCCAGAUACUGUUACUGCCUGAUAGUUUUUGUUGUUGUUGUUAAUGUAAUGUUCUACAUUUUUCUUCUCUCAUUUAUUGCCCUUUACAGUUUCCGUUUGUAUUUUCUCUUAUUCAGUCAAAGGAUUGCACUGCUGAACGGAUCUGCAAAGAGCUGGAACAAAUUUGGGGUGAAUUAUUAUGCCCCUUCCUCUUCAACUCCACACCGCUGGUUGCGCACUGAGUAUAAACCAAGGCAGAGAAGUGGUUUCUUAUAGUAUUUAUCCUUUGAAAACAGGUUGACUGGAACUAUACUGUUUGUGUGUGCCCAAACACCCCGAGAUAGAUGGACGUGGAAUAAGGCAGCCACUUUAGCUUGUUCUGUGACUGGUGAAGGGGUGUAGAAACACUGACAUGUACUGGCCAUUGAGAGAACUGGACCUCUUUUGCAGCAAUGGUGAAAAUGUGUGAUUUUUUAUUUUUUUUUAGCGAUUAUUAUAAACGGCCUUUUGGGAUGUUCGAAAAUCAUCAGCCAUGUUCAACUGGUAUAUAUUGAUGAUGAUCAACACUGUCCUUUUGUUGCCAAAGGAGAGAGAGACGUAUUCUGUUUUCUAUCGUACAAAUAUUCACAGCCACAGUACAAGGUACUACCAUGUAUUUCCUAACCGAUAGACUGCUCUCUGUGAAGCUGUUUGCUUCUGACAGUGAUACUGCACAGAUCGUCAGUGAUGCAUUGGUCUAUUAUCUACGGCUCAGUCAAACAGGUUUCGAGAGCCCGUCGUAUUAAUAGUUCUGCUGUUGACCGCCGUCUGGAUGUCUCUCUCCUUCUCUCUCUCUCUCUCUCCUCACACAUGUCCGAUGUGUUUCUCAGCACUCCCAGCUCACCGGACUACAGUUCCAGUAUAUCUUAUGUGUGUUGAGGUGAACGCCAGAAGACCAGAUGAGCGAAAAGGACUGCUCCUUGUUCAACAUGAGUUCAUAACAGUCGCCCAGAAUGUUUCUGCAUGUCGGAUUGACUGUUUCUUUGGUGUUGAUACAAUGUCAACGUAUUGGUUCAGUUUUGAGUUUCUCUUUUCUAUUUUCCCGAUGGUCUGGUAGGCACACAGGCCCGGUGGAUUAACAACCCGCCUUGCCAGAACAGUGGGGUUUUCCUCGGGAACAAAACCAGCAGCUAUUCUAAAAGGUUUUUCUCUCUUUUUUCUCUCUCCCUAUGGCAUGUAUUUGAAGUAUAGUUGAAGACCAUUAAGAAUAAAUGAGACUGUUUCUCAAUUUUCAUCUCCACACAAACGAGGUAUCAAAAGUAUUAUUCAACUGGUGAUAGUGGGGUAAAUAUCUCUCAAAACAGUUCCUAUGCACCAUGCUUCAGUUUUACUAUGAAAGCAUGCAGUUCAGUUAUCUUGUGGUUUUGAAAAUGAUUGGGAUAUCCAUUCCUUAUUGUAAAUCUAAUGUUGAAUAUUGUAAUUGAAGAAGGCAUUCACUUGUUUCUUACAGCACUGUAAAUUGUACUCUAAAUUAAAUAUUGUUAAGAAAGAAAAAAA